AUGAUCGAUGCAGCGAUCUCGUCGGCAUCCGUCACGCCGGCGUCUCUCACUGCUGGCGUCACUGGGACUGUGGACGUGACGUUCACUACAGGCACAACCAUCCCCGUCGGAGGAACGAUCGUGGUGACCUUCCCCUCCACCUUCUACGUGGCGUCCGCAACACUCAGCAAUAUCGGAGGUAUCGACCUUGCGAGCACAGUUUUGGCGACGUCUGCAAGCGGCCAGGCAACCAUCACGAUCGUUAAUACGGACGCUGUCCCGGGGGCGAUCUCCUUCACACUCGAUGGGAUCCAGAAUCCAGGCCAGGGCACAACAUCGAGCUGCUCGAUCCGCACUAAGAGCUCAAGCGGCAUGACAAUUGAGUCCACUACAGUAGCCGGAUCCACGUUCACCUCAGGGACCAUCUCGAAUACUGCAGCAGUGACGGCGGCAUCACUGGUGGCCGGCAGGACAACGACGUACACCGUCACGUUCACUACCGAUAUUACCUUGCGCGUUGGUAGCGCGAUUGCACUGAGGUUUCCAGCGCUGAGCAACAGCCAGAUUGUUUUUUCGGGCGCGGCUCUGUCAAGCAUGGUGAAUAUCGACGUGGCUUCUACUGUGGUUCAAGUGGCUUCCCCGUACGUAAAGCUCACGAUUGCCGGACAAGACGUUGCAGCAGGGACGACGGUGUCAAUCACAUUUGACAACAUUAUCAAUCCGGCAGCACAGACGACGGGCGUUUUUGGCAUUGACUCGCGCCACUCUUCAGGAGCCAUCUUCCAGGUCAACACGGCCAUUCCCGGACUGACCUACACGAGCUCAACACUCCCAUCAGCGUCGCUGACACCAGUGUCCUAUUUUGCCGGGAUUUCAACUGACUAUUACGUCGUAUUCGCCAACGCGGCCUACAUCCCGUCGGGAAGUCGAGUCGAAGUGACAUUCCCAUCACGUUUCGACAUCAGCGGCGUGGCAUUUAGCCACAUCGUCAACUUGCCCACGAUAAACGCCGCAUUUGUAUUGCUGAGCUCAACCAAGAUACGAGUUACAACUGGUAACACCGCAGUCGCCCCAGGAACUGGCCGUGGAUUCACACUCGAGACCAUCGUAAACCCUGGAUCUUCCUGCGACCAGUUCAUUGUGGAAUACUGCUCCCCCACCUGGGAGGAUUACACAGUGAAGAUCACCGAUAGCGGCGGGAACUUGUUCGAGCAACUGACAACCGUAUCGGGCACUCCAAUCGUCAAAAAGCCGCUGAGUUACGGCCGUGUGCGUCCAUUACUGAAGACCCCCAACACGCUUACGACAGCUACUGUGACGUUGGACACUGUUGCCACAAUUCCUGCCGGGGGCUUUAUUGAAGCCGUUCUCCCUGCAGGUUACAGUAUUGGCGCAGCUCCAGUCAUCAUCAGCUCCCUGGCUGGCAUUCCGAGCGCUACUCUGAGCACCUCGACGUCAAGUUCAGUGUCGAUCAAAAUUGCAGGUGCAAAUACCCUCCCAGCCACUGGUCUCUCCUUCACGUUCGACAAGGUCACGACUCCUCCCAACUCGGCGACUGGGAACUUCAUUGUGCGCACAAAAGAUGCCGGGGGCAACACAAUCGAGGAGAGCACGACCAUCGGUGGCGAAGGCUGCACGUACAUCAAUGACUGCAGUGGCCAUGGCACCUGCACGCUGUUAUCCAAGGUCUGCAUUUGCGACACUGGCUGGGGUGCGCCGACCGAUAUCGCCGACUACAAGUCACCAGACUGCUCUACACGUGUGUGCCCAUCGGAUUAUGCUUGGAGCUCCAUUCCCACGGACGCUACUACAGCCCAUGACGUCUUGGUGGAGUGCUCUGGUAAGGGGGUCUGUGACCGCAAUUCUGGGACCUGCUCGUGUUUCCCCGGGUUUGAAGGCGCCGCAUGCCAACGAAUGGGAUGCUCCAACGACUGCUCCGACCAAGGAACUUGCUUGAGCAUGAGCGAGAUGGCUGCUGCAAAGAAUGCGUUGCCCAUUUCUCCGCCAACAACCUACGGCGGCGGACAGUUCUCCAGCACAUGGGACGCUGACAGGAUUUUUGGGUGCGUUUGCGACUCGGGCUGGGCGGUCGGGACGGCGAGCGGCGAGCUGCAGGCCACCGAGUAUUUUGGCGCGGACUGCUCGAAACGUCACUGCCCCACAGGAAACGACCCCGGCACAACUGUAGACGAAACCAACUGCCAGGGCAAGACGGUGCCCGGUGGCACCCUCGUAGGCGCCGCAGGAAAUUUGUGCCUCGUUGAGUGCUCCAACCGCGGAGUGUGCGACUACAGCACGGGAAUGUGCUCCUGCUUCCAAGGAUACACGGGUUACGCUUGCCAAACAUCAGACAGCCUCGCCAAAUAG